ACACUUUGCGGCUUGACCCAAAAUAACCCACGCCAGACCAGACACCACGCACAGCCGUCUUCCCCGGCCCGACGCCCAGCCGCCGGCUGCCCCAUCCCCGCCUCUCCCUGCGUCGCCGCCCUCCCCGGUCGCCGGCCGCCCAACCGCCUAGGAGGCUCCUCCGCACCUGCCUCUCGGUAGCGCCCUCGCGCCAGCUGCGCCACUGCCCCCGGCGGCGACCCUGCUACCCAAGUGCCCUGCCCCAGCCGCCUGGCACCCCUGCAAGCCGGCGGCAAUCGCCCACCGCCCAGUCUGCACUGUGGCACUAGGCUCGGUCUGAUUUGAGUUCGUGCCAGGUGCUGGUCUCCGGCGUCAGGCAACACCGCAGUGGCGCAGGAUUCCAGGGUGAAAGCAGCAAGCGCUUCCCUCCUCUUCGGCGUCUUCAUCCCUGCCACUCUGCUCGUCCGCGAUUACAAGGGUCAAGCUGCUGUGAGAUGGAUAUUUUGUAUCUAUGCAAGGAUGUCUUAAAGAUUCAGAAGUUUAGGCGACUGGCGUCUUAUGCUGGAUUCUAUUCGUUCACUACCCUGGUCACCUAUGCUUACACAAGCAAUACGACAAGGGCUGGCAUUUCGAGGGCUGAUCAGUAUUAUGCCGCCUACCCUUCUGGUACUGACCUGCUGACUGAUACUGCAAAGCUUUACAAGGCUGCGUUGGGUAAUUGUUUCGAAAUAGACGACUGGGGUCCAAUAGAAUUCUCCAUCAUGGCAAAGCAUUUUGACCGGCAAGGCAAACCACCAUAUGCUUACCAUGCUCAAUACAUGUCACACCUUCUAUCCCAUGGCCAGCUUGAUGGAAGUGGUUAACUGCAGGGAUGUGUUCUGUUAGAUUCUCUUGAGGCUUCAUUGUAGUCCUUCAGUUAUUUGUAAGAAAGAGAUGGCUCGCUGAAAUCUUGAAUUGUUCUGGCCUGUUAUGACGGAUAGCAGAGUCAAAAUCGUAGAUGCUGAGCUGUUGCAAUAUCAACCUAUUAAUAGUCAAAACUGUGCGGAAUUUCCCCAUGAAUAAUCAUGGUUGCACCUAGUUGAAGCAAGCACUAGCGAUCUCUUAUCCCUCCUUUUUGUUAUUGCUGAAUGUAACUCUUUUGUGUGUCAGUGUUCAUAGCAGAAUUAGUUUGUGUUCUCUUGGUCGAUCUGCCGUUUCACCAGCAAAGACCAGUGACCUUAAUCCUGCACAUUGAGUUGUUGGUCCAUGCAUGGAUUGUAGAUGCUGGUUGGCUCCUUAACUAGAGGUUUUCAGUGUCGGUUCAGGAGUUCCCCGAGAGUUUCUGCUCAGGCACUUGUACAUUACUAUAUUCUCUAUAACGUUGUCAAGAGUCAUUUUAUUGUACACAAUAUUUCCGGUAGACUUUUAAAUACCUUCUCAAUGCUGGUAUGAAUCUAUGUAGAGCUAUACUUUGAAA